AUGCAUCAAACAGAGAACACCUCCAUCAGCAACAGUUUGUCCAACAGCACUCUGGAGAUGGUUGGCAGUCCCAUCCUCACUUUGGCCUUGCCUGUAAUUUACCUGCUGGUCUUCAUGUUCAGCACACCUUGUAACCUAAUUUCCCUCUGGCUCCUCUGCUGCCACACCAAGCACAAAAACCCCACCAUCAUUUUUGCCAUCAACCUCGCCCUCACAGACCUCCUGUACAGCAUCUUCCUCCCCUUCCAGAUCGCCUACCACUUCCGUGGCAACGACUGGCCCUUUGGCGACGCCAUGUGCAGUGUCGUCACAGUCAUCUUCUACGGCAACAUGCACUGCUCCAUCCUGACCACCUGCGCCAUCAGCUUGGAGCGCUACUGGGGCAUCGUCCGGCCGCUGCGCACCAAGCACUGGAGGACCGGCGCGAAAGCCGCCCUCUGCUGCCUGCUGAUCUGGGUCUGCGUGCUGGUCGUUCACAUAUCCCUGCUCUACAACAGGCUCACCUUCAGGGUGUCUCAGCUCAACGUCACCACCUGCUUCGACAUCAUCCCCAAGUCCGUCUUCCCCGAUAGGAUCAUGGGUUAUGUGUACUUUGGUGCAGUGCUCCUCCUCUUUUUCGUCCUUCCCCUCUUUGUGCUGGUCGGUUGCUACACCGUCAUUAUCUGGAAGCUCCAUGCGUCCCGUGACCUGGACACACCUCAGCGGGCCAAGAGACAGACUAUGCUCCUCAUCGUGGUUGUGGUACUCUGUUUCCUCUGCUGCUACCUGCCUAACAUCGUGCUCCAGUUCCUCCAUAUGGUCUACGUAUCCAGAGGCAAGAGCCUCUAUAUCUAUUACAAGCUCUCCCUGGGCCUCAACAGCCUCAACUCAUGCUUUGACCCCUUCAUUUACUACUUUGCGUCCAGGGAGUUCCGGCAGAAGUUUCGCUCAAAGCUCUUUUGCACUGCUAGUGAGCAUGAGGAGACAACAUCCUCUGAGCUGGCGAACCUCUCUAAAGGAGCUUCAACCGAGACCGGCAAUCUGCCGAAAAAAUAG